GUCACCGCGCCCUCGCUUGCGCACGUCCGGCACCUUUACCCGCGGCCUCUCGCCGCAGCCGGCUCUCCGUCCGCGGCCGCCGUACCGGCGCGGGGGGUCGCCCCGGCCGAGGCUCCGCCGCCCGCCCCCCUCGGAGCGGAGGCUCCUGCCGCCGGUGGCCGGCGCGGGCGGCUGCGCCGGAGGGACGAGGCCUGCUCCCAGGGCGGGAGGGGCCGCGCAGCGGGACGGAGGCCCGCUCUAUGGUCUGCGGGCCAGAGCGCCGCCGGGCGGAGCGGAACUCGGUGGCGGCGGCGAAGCGGAGUGUCGCGGCGCGCAGGCGCGGUGGGCGGCGGGCCGGCGGCGAUGGCGACCUUCUUCGGGGAGGUGGUGGUGGCGCCGUCCCGCGCCGGCGUGGACGAUGAGGAGUGGGCGGAGGAGGCCCGCGAGGAGACGCCCGAGGACCGGGAGAUCCGCAGGGAGCUGGAGAAGAAAAGCUUUCCUGUCGUCUUUUAUUCUGGAUUCUGUAUGUUGGGAAGUAGUUGGAGUUGUGAAGCUGUGGAAUGAGUGGUGUCGAACAUCCAACACAACAACUGUCCUCCAGACAGAUUCUUUCUGUUUGUUUUACCGAUUAAUAUCAGAUCCGACAGUUUUGUUGUGCCAGUGUAGUUGCUACGUAGCUGAGGAUCAACAGUUCCAGUGGCUUGAAAAGGUUUUUGGCUGUAUGCGAAAGGAGGGCUUGCAAGUAACCAUACUUUCAACGUGUCCUGUAGCUGAUUAUAAAACUCAGGAAUCCACUUUAACACUUCCAUCUCCAUUUCUGAAAGCCUUGAAGACAAAAGAAUUCAAAGAGCAGGUCUGCUGCCCACUGCUGGAACAACCUAACAUUGUGCGAGAUCUUCCUGCUGCUGUUUUGAGUUAUUGUCAGGUAUGGCAGAUACCUGCAGUGUUGUACCAGUGUUACACUGAUGUCAUCAAACUGGACACGGUUACAAUUGAAGCGUUCAAGCCUCUGCUUUCUACUAAAAUCCUGAAGAGUUUAGUCAAGGAUGCAUCUGAAAGCACAAAGAUUUUGAAGAAGUUGCUGACAACCAAUGAAACUCACAGUAAUAUCUAUAUCUAAAGAGGACAUUUAUGACACAGACUGCACUUUUGUGAACUCCACUUUCUUCUGCAGCGUACAUUUUGGAGUUUUAUUUGCUUUCUUAAAAGUGGAAUAAAUUCUAGUAGAUUUUUA